AUGGCAAGCUUUUACGGCCACGGGGUGUGGCACGACGGUGGCAGUGGUGAUGCUGCUGGAAUGGCGGAUGAGAGUAGAGACAAGCCUGGGGAACCGAAGCCUUCUGUAUCGGGCUCUCGGGACGAGCGGCCGUUUGAAGGGUCAGAAGGUGAAACAGGGGACAAAGACCAGUGGAAAUCUUCCGACUGGUGGCAGAGUUUAUGGGAUGCUGGCUGGGAUCGCGAUGGCUGGCAAGGAUGGGGUGGUCGAUCGAGUUGGACAGACACUUGGACAUCUGUCUCUUCAGGGGCAAGUGAUGGGGAUCGUGAUCGAGGGCCUCGUGAUGGAGUUCCUCUUCGUGAUGAUGGCGACACCUUCUCCGACGGCCACCGGGACAGUUCCAAGGGCGAGGUUGCUGGGGGCGAGGGAGGCCGUGGACCUUCCGAACGCAUCAUGGUGUUUUCCUUGCCCGGGGAGGGCGAUGGCGAUGAGCUGGGUACGUUGGACAUGGAAAGGCUUGGCUCCACGAAGGGGAUGGAGUACUACACCCAAUGGGUUCGCGACCGCUAUCUCGAUGUCCAGGUGACCCAAGUUGGGCGGAGCCUCUCAGAGUUCUUCAGGAGAUUGAGGAGGAAGCCUGGCCAAAGCAUCCGAGACGACUGCGGGGAGUAUGACCGCUGCUAUGCGAGGCUUAUGGAGUGUGGCUGUGUCCUGCCUGACAUUGCAUGUGCUUGGGUGUUCAUAGACCGCCUUGGACUCGACGAGGCGGCAGAACUCAACUUGCUUGCCAGUGUGGGCAAUGUCUAUGACUUGAAGAUGUUGCAGAGGGCGGCCAUCGUGCAGGACAGGGCUUUGAGGAAGCCUUGGGAACAAGGGAAUCCUCAGCACCAAAAGGGGCAUCGUGGAGCACCUUGGUGGAAAAAGAACCAGUUCGUGACCCAGACUGCGAAUGUGGCGGAUGUGGAGAUUGAAGAGGCCGAGGCGAUGUCCGAGAACGGGGAGACGAUUCCGCAGGAGAUCGCCGAAGAGUGGUUCGAGGCCUUCAUGACACAUGAGACUGCCAAGCAAAAGUAUCGUGAUGCUGCCAAGAUGCGAGGCUCAGAUCCGGAGGCCGUGAAGAGGUUGGCUUCGGAACGUCUCCAGAUAGGCGAAGAGCUUCUGUGCGGGGAGAACUUCAUGUGCAGCGUCGUGUGUGUGACUUGGGACCUCAAGAAGGAAGGCCGGGCACCCCUCUUAGCCAUAACUGACACGGCCAAGACAGUUGCCGGAGCGCCUUGGGUCGAGACCUAUCUCGCUGCGGCAAAGGAUGUGAACUUCACCCCAUUGGUCCUGGACUCCAAGGAGGCAUUCAAGUUUGGGGCAUCGCGGAUCUUCGAGUCGGCCUACUCCAUCGUAAUCUCCUUCGGUUUGGGGUCCCAGGUGGUGCAGGUGAAGGUCGCCGUCGUGAAUGGUGAUGUACCACUUCUUCUGAGCCGAAAGGUGCUCGGGCAACUUGGUAUGGUGCUAGAUGUAGCCUCCAACAGGGCCGAUUUUCGGGCCACGGGGGUCCAAGGCUUGGCUCUUCAUCUCACAGAGACCGGGCAUCCGGCCAUAGCAGUACAGCCUGAGCAGAAGCCUGCAGGGAGCAAUCCUGGCCCUUGGCAAGACAUCGAGCUGCAGCUGUUCCCGAAGUGUGCGCAAUACACGGCUUUUGUCGCAGAGAGCAUGAGUGUUGAGGGAGAUCGAGAACUGUUGUGUGGUGACAAUCAUGUCCGUGAACGUGUUGGCAGUGCAAGUGUUGGACUUGAGGCCCCUCAGAACCCCAAGUUGUUCUUCCCGAAGAAGAUCGGGUUGGCUACCCACAACAUGUUGCUUGAUGAUUCUCUCACUCCUUCAUCCUUCAUGUCGUGGUGGGAAAACACGAAAAUCUCGAAUGACUUUUGGGUCGAGGGCGAACACUCCCUUGUACGAGUACAUGUCGUUCCUCGCAAACAUUUCUUCGAUCCUGAAGGCUGGUCCACGGGCUCUGAGGUCCAUAAGCAUGCGCUCCUUGAACAACUGGGACAGUGUUUGCUAGAGCGGCCCAAGCAGCUCUGGGAGCUGACCAAGGCGGAACUCUACGAGGAGGCGGAGAGCCGAGGCCUUUGGGUGAACCCUUCUUGGUCGGCACCGGAGGUGAGAUCCCUGAUUCGCGAAGACAUCGACAGAGCCUCCAGUGUCACUCCGGCUACAAUGAUUCCACCCGGGCUCUCCAAGAUGACCCUCGAGAUGCUCAUCCAGACCGUGACCGAGAUGAACAUAGAGAUUCCCCCGAGGGCGUCCAAGGGAAUGGUGAUGCGCUUGAUCAGGGACGGAGCCGGUGGAGGAGAUCAGCAUGUGAUGACGUUCGGACGAUACAAGGGGUACUUGUUCACCGAGACACCUCCGGGAUACCGCCAGUGGGCGAUGCGCGAGGUGCAGGAGAACUCCAAUGCAUCCGAGGAGCUUCGGAUGUAUGCAGAAUGGUGUCGUGCCCGCCCAGAGGGCAACUCCAAGGGGACCUACUUCCACCUCAGCGAGGACGAUCCGGAAGCGAAUGCGACGACCCCCUAUGUCUUCGACGAGGUGGACAACACGAGGUGGGAGCUGCUGGGGAGGACCGGAACUUCGACAAUCCAGCACCCGAGCACAGUGUCCCCAAAGCCAAAGGCCUACCCUCGGACGCCAACGACACUGGGCACCAGGAGGGGGGCACCGUGGGAAACGGGAUCAAGCUCGUCGAUGCAGGCGGAGUUGGACCCGGAUGUGCUCGAGGAGAUCCAACAACUCGAAACCCGCCUAGCAGUCAUCCGGGAUCGACAUGGGGGACUAAAUGGUCCCGAAGAACAGGCCACGGGGGUCGACGAUGACCCGUGUCCUGGAGCCACCAUCGUCACUGAAUUCGAACCCACCGAGGAAGUCUUCUACGAGUGCUUUGAGGAGACCGAUGGCUGUGUGGAACAAGAUGGUGGGAAAGAGAUCCUGUCCGUGGAAACCAUGAAGGAUGCUGAGCAAUGCGAAGCCUUGGCAAAACAAAAGUUGAAGGAGAAAAAGUUCGAGAUAGUCGACCUCCUCGAGAUUGUCGAGAACAUCAACUUCAGCCGCAAGGGGCGUCACCGUCGGGCCUAUGGUGACAAGGAUGCGGUCAUCAAUGGGAUCCUUGGGGGGCUUUGGUCCUAUGGCUCUAUGUCUGGGAUCUCGAAUGUCAGUAUGAGCCUUCCCUGCACGAUGAAGUACAUCAAUGUCUUUAUGCGGAACAAGCUUGGAAACGAUGCGACAUGGACAUCCUUCGCACUGAAUCGAGACAUUGCGACUGAUGUGCAUUGCGACCACAACAACUUGCCGGGUUCGAUCUCCUACACCAUGUCGUUCGGAAACUUCUCCGGAGGAGAACUUUGGUGCCACGACGAGGAAACCACUCCAGAACUAUGUGUACUUCGACAUGGGCCUGCCGGAGAAGCACUAAGAGGAAGGCUGGUCGUGACUAAGGACGUCCCGGUCGCCUUUGAUGCUCGAAAGAAGCAUGCUACUCAGGAGUGGGAAGGUACACGUUGGUGCCUCGCUUGCUUCACCACCAGGAGCUUCAAAGAUCUUGACCGCGGAGAUGAAGAGCUUCUUCUCGGUAUGAGUUUCCCUGUGCGUGGUCGUACCCAAGCCAAGGCCAAGAAAGAGGAAGCUCGACCCAACAAGGGACUUCGCAAAAAGCUAUGGAGGAGUGCCAGGAGGCUGGCUACUUUGGCAACUUGGUCGGUCUCUUCUCUGGAGUAUCCUCUUCCUCGGGGGCCCGAUGCUGUAGCGCUCUUUGAGAUCGGAGACCACAGCAGGACCUUUGAGACGGCCGAGACAACCUUCCUGACUGCCGAACCUUGUCUCCCAAGGGAUUUGUUCGCCGCUGGGUUCAUCGUUUCCCUUCAGGACACGCUGCGCGAGCUCAAACCUGGGACGGUGUGGAUCCAUGGCGACAAAAUUCCGGGGAAGUUGUCGUCCCUCACGGAGUUUGUUAACCAACAACUUGCUACUGGAGGACAAGUCGUCCUGGAGGCUGACAAAGAUGAUGAUGUGGUUUGGGGACAGGAGUUCAUUGUCGAGGUCAUGAAGGUCUACGAGAGUCAAGCGCGUGACGGCGGAGAUGGCAGAAGGCUGCUUCGGGUCGGUUCGUCUCUCGCAAGACUUCCGAAGCUAGAAGAGUCCCAUGCCGAGAACCUCUUGAAGAUCCACCUCGACCGCAAGUUCACUGCUGAAGAUGGAGGGGGUGCGCUUGAUGAGGACCGUCCCUUGGUGGAGAUGUGCUGCGCGGUUGAUCAUGAAGCCCCACGAGGACACCCCGAUGGAGACGAACGGGUUGGCAGCAAAGGGAUCACUUUCGGGCCAGGCCCCACCAUUCAACCCGAAGUGAGCAGUUCGCUGAAGAGACUUCACCAGAACCUCGGCCACAUCGGGGCCGAAGACCUGUGCAGGCACCUUAGACUUGCGGGUGCCGGGCCUGAAGUCGUCAAGGCAGCUAAACGACUUCGGUGUGAAGUUCGCGCAAGAAACAAACGAGGUGGAACAACAAGGCCUGCCUCUGCCCCUAAGCUGCUCCAGUUCAACCAGGUCGUGGCUGUGGAUGCAUUCUCCGCAUACGAUGCCUUUGGGAAAAGGCACGAAUUCAUGUCUGUGGUGGAUGUAGGCACCUCAUACCAUGUGGUCUUUUCGCUUCGUGGGCAUCAUGCUGAAGAUAUGGAGCUGAAUUUCUGCGAGGCUUGGAGCCACGUUUUCGGUCCUCCAGGAACCAUCGCCUUGGAUCGGAGGUGGCAUGGACCGGCUACAGUGAUAGGAACCGAAGGAUGCAAUCUAUGGGUAUCCUUUGGUGGGAGAUGCCAUCUUGUCGCUCCGGAGCAUCUUCGACGAGCUACAGGUGAAGAACUUGGUGAGGCCUUUACAUCUCGUGCCACUUUGGACGAUCUCCACAAACUCCUGGAGGUUGAGCCCGAUGAAGUGAUCUUUGCCGAUCAGGACGAGGAAAUUGAAGGCGACCCCGUGCUCCUACCUGGCGAUGGAGAUGUUGAAGAAGGACCUGUCGGUGAAGAACGGGGAGUUCGACGAGGACCCGACGAUAGAGGAGACGAGGUUGUUCCGACUGUUUCCAAAAGGUACCGCACCAAAGGUCCUCCUGAAGUUCCUGUCCGGGAUCCCGACAUAGAUGACACCGAGGAGGUCAUGAUGGUCAGACGAGCCAAAACGGCCCGCGGGCGAGAGAAACAGUUGGAGAAAGAGAUUCCAUGGGGGAUGAUUCCACAUGAACAGCACGAGGCCUUUCGAGCUGCCGAGGACAAACAGUACCGUGAACACAUAGAUCACGAGGCCCUUGAACCGUUGUCCCUCGAAGAAAGCAGGCGCAUCAACAUGGAGAAGAAGGACAGGAUCCUCAACUCCCGUUUUGCUUAUCGUGACAAAGCUCUCGCCAAACGCCGUCGAGACCCCGAUGUGCCAUGGAAACAUAAGGCGCGCCUUGUCAUCUCCGGGCACCUUGAUCCCGACAUCAACAAGGGGCUCGAGACGAUGGCACCCACGGUAUCCCGGCAGUCCAUCCUCCUCCUUUUGCAGAUCUUGGCAUCUCGUUUGUCCGAUGGGUGGACUGCAGCUGCAGGAGACAUAACUGCCGCCUUUCUCAACGGCGACGAACUUCCUCGUGAGCUUUAUUUCAGACAACCCCGCUCCGGCCUCGGGAACCUCCAUCCUGAACAACUCCUUCGAAUACGAAAAGGAGUUUUCGGCCUUGUCGACUCGCCACAUGCUUGGUGGAACCGCUUCAAGGGGGAGGUGACCAACAUGAAGCCUGAACUCCCGGACGGAUCCCGAUGUGUCAUCGUGCAAAAUCCUCUAGACCCUUGUGUGUUCUUCGUGAAAAAGGUGCUGGGGGAGAAAGAGGACGGGGAGUUGGAACUCUCCGAGCCCAUCUGCUAUUUGGCAGUCCAUGUUGAUGAUGUGAUCCUGAUCGGAGACAAGAUGGUGGUGGAGGCCCUGAAGAAGGAGAUGAGCAAAGUCUUCCCAAUCGAGGAUUGGGAAGAGGGAGUCUUCGAAUACAUCGGCUCCGUCAUCGAGGUGUCGGACAACAAGGUGAAGGUCUCGCAGGAGGACUAUGUGGCCUCGAGAUUGUUUGAAGUGGAGGUGCACCGCGGGCAGGCCGAUGACGAUUUGGCCACCGAAGAACAGCUCUGCGACAACCGCAGCCUGGUGGGUGGUCUUUCGUGGCUUGCAGGCCAGACUCGUCCAGACCUUCAGGCGAGUGUGUCCAUGUGCCAACAGCUCCAGAAGGAGCCCCGGGUCAGCGACAUCAAGUUCACGAACCUCGUGGCUAGAAGAGCGAUGGAACAUAAGCACCGCGGUAUCGAGUUCCACCCCAUUGACCUCAACCAGGCUGUCCUCCUGAGCUACCACGACGCUGGCUGGGCCAAUGCACCUCCUGACAGCGAUGAUCCAGUAUAUCGCCUUACCCCUGAAGAAGAUACGCUCGGCAUGUUCUCCGAGGGGCCCUUCAUGAACAAGCCACGGCGAGCCAAGAGAGGCAACUCCAACAUCGCUUCGCAGCUGGGCAACAUCUACAUCUUGGCGGAUAGAAAGAUCCUCCAUGGAGAACCUAGCAUGCUCAGUGUCCUGGACUGGCGGAGCGGUGCUUGUAGCCGAGUCUGCAGGUCGACCUUUUCGGCCGAGACGAUGGCCUGCUGUGGUGCUGUGGAGGGCGCCGACUUCAUCGAAAAGUCCUUGGAGACACUCCUGAAAGGAGAACUCCAGAGGAAAACCUCUGGUAGAAUCACCAUGCGAUUUCUCAGCGACUGCAGAUCUUUGUAUGAUCAUUUGACUAGGGGAGGAAUACCUCGUAUGCCUUCUGACCGACGUCUUGCUAUCGAUAUGGCCGCUGUCAGGCAAGACCUUCAGUUGCUAAAAGGAAGACUCGCUUGGGUGCCUACAGGGCACCAGCUAGCAGAUGUCUUAACGAAGCCUAUGAAGGCUCGGGGGUGGUGGGAAGUCAUCACCUCACCUUUCUCUUUAACCUUUCAAGAAGGAAGGAGAGAGAGUUUUUGA